AUGGCCGCGCAGUCCUUCCUCCUCGCCGCCACCGCCACAGCCACGACCGCUGCGCUGUUCGCCGCUCCCUAUUCCUCCGCACGCCCUUUCCACUCGGUCCACUUCGUCGCCGGCCCGGGGGGCGCCGCCGCCGCCAGGGAGCUCGUCGUCGCCGACGCCACAAAGAAGGCCGUAGUCGUCCUCAAGGGCACGUCCGAGGUCGAGGGCGUCGUCACGCUCACGCAGGACGACGAGGGACCUACAACCGUGAACGUCCGUAUCACUGGACUUACUCCUGGACUUCAUGGCUUCCACCUCCACGAGUUUGGUGAUACUACCAAUGGGUGCAUAUCGACAGGACCACAUUUUAAUCCAAACAAUCUUACACACGGUGCACCAGAAGACGAAGUCCGUCAUGCGGGUGACCUGGGAAACAUUGUUGCCAAUGCUGAGGGCGUAGCUGAGGCAAUCAUUGUUGAUACCCAGAUUCCUUUGAGUGGCCCAAAUUCAGUUGUUGGGAGAGCAUUUGUGGUUCAUGAGCUUGAAGAUGAUUUGGGGAAAGGGGGCCAUGAGCUCAGCCUCUCUACUGGAAAUGCUGGUGGAAGACUGGCAUGUGGUGUUGUUGGCCUGACUCCAUUGUAG